UUCAAAUUGAGUGAACCAAAAAGCACAUAACGUCACAAAUAUUGAUAUGUAUGUAUCUCUUUUUUCUAGAUAUUUGGCGAUCAUUACCACUUCACCUACUCAAAAAUUGCGAAAAGAUCUUUGACACCGAAUUCGGAGAAGAGGGUUAGUUUGGCUGUCGAUACCAGGAUAAAAUGGGCCAAACAGCAGAAGGCAAAACGAAGAAUCAAAAGGGACUAUCGAGUACAAGACAGCGAUCCAAAAUGGCCUUUUAUGUGGUACUUGAAUCGAGGUGGAGGACUAGAUAUGAAUGUAAUUCCAGCAUGGAUGGAAGGCAUUACAGGAAAAGGCGCUGUCGUAACAAUCUUAGAUGACGGCUUAGAAAAGGACCAUCCUGACCUCGUACAGAAUUACGAUCCCCUGGCAUCGUAUGAUGUGAACGGACAAGACUCUGAUCCAAGUCCUAGGUAUGAUAUGAUUGACUCCAAUAGACAUGGAACUAGAUGUGCUGGUGAAGUCGCAGCUACAAGCAAUAAUUCUGUAUGCGCUUUGGGGGUUGCACAUGGUGCUCAGGUUGGAGGUGUGAGGAUGCUAGACGGUGACGUUACAGAUGCGGUUGAAGCUAGAUCUCUCAGUCUGAAUCCCCACCAUAUUGACAUAUACAGUGCCUCUUGGGGUCCAGACGAUGAUGGCAAAACAGUAGACGGACCUGGUGAACUUGCCACAAGGGCUUUUAUCGAAGGAGUGACCAAGGGUCGAAACGGCAAGGGGUCGAUAUUCAUCUGGGCAUCAGGAAACGGCGGCAGAGAUCACGAUAACUGCAACUGUGAUGGCUACACUAACUCGAUAUACAGUUUAUCGAUAUCCAGUGCUACAGAGCAUGGUCACGUACCUUGGUACAGCGAAGCAUGUAGCUCAACAUUAGCUUCAACUUAUAGUAGCGGUGCUGUCGGCGAAAGACAGGUGGUCACGACAGAUUUGAGACAUUCUUGUACCAGUAGCCAUACCGGAACCAGCGCUUCGGCUCCUUUGGCAGCAGGUAUAUGUGCCCUGGCUCUGGAAGCCAACCCAAAUCUAACUUGGCGUGAUAUGCAGCAUAUCGUCGUGCGUACUGCAAGACCUCAAAAUUUGAUUGCCCCUGAUUGGCAAACAAACGGUGUAGGAAGAAAUGUAUCACACAGCUUCGGGUAUGGACUAAUGGAUGCUUAUGCUAUGGUGCAGUUGGCUAGGAAUUGGAUCACUGUACCAGAGCAACACAAGUGUGAAAUACCUGCUCCACAUCUUCUCAAGCCGAUUCCCGCCAAAAGCGUCGUCGUACUUCAACUGCAAGUCAAGGAAUGUGAAGGCGUAGAAGUUUUAGAGCAUGUACAAGCCAAGUUGACCAUAUUUUCGCAAAGAAGGGGUGAUCUGAACAUUCAGUUAACCUCCCCUAUGGGUACUAGGGUCACUUUGCUAGCGCAUAGAGCUCACGAUAAUUCUAGAUCUGGUUUCAAUGUUUGGCCGUUCAUGUCAGUGCAUUCUUGGGGGGAGUCGCCUUUCGGAACAUGGCAACUUGAAAUACACAACGACGGGAGGCUUUUAGCUCAAGUGAAAACCUGGCAACUGACAUUGUAUGGUACGACAACUCCUCCAGCUUACGAUCUGCAUAAGAAGGUUGGCGGAUUUCCGAGCUCUUAUAACGACGACAUUUUCCACAAUUCUAUUGAUGAUUCGUCGUCCAACUGGCGAAUGGUCGAGAAUCGUAAAGAUAUCAUGGAAGUAGAGGGAAAACAGAACAGUGUAUCAAGUUGUGUUAAAGCUGAGGGGAAUUUGUGUCUAGGUUUGUUCUGUUUUGUUUCACUCCUGUAUAUCUACUCUUAUAACACCCACGACUUUCUAACAUUCUUUUUAAUCCGUGUCUAUCAGGCAGCGCUGCUGCUAUUGAGUUUAUGCCACUUCAAAUGCUUAAAAUUGUGGUUAAACGAAUUGUGUUUAAAAGUUCGGACUAGUUCAAAUAAAGUUAGUAUAGUGUACCAACAAAAUUCUGACAACAAUUUUAACAAUUCGAAAAUCGCUGAAAAAACGUAUCAUCUAGUAUUAUAUAUAGUUAAUAUAAAACAAUAUACCUGCGGUCUAUAUAAGUGGCUGUAUAGUCUCGAGGACUUGCUUAAUAGGUUAGGUAGGUGUUUAUUAAAUUUUAAUUUCAGGAUUGAUUUACAAACACAACAGUAACAAUUUUAGCGUUAAUUUCAAUUAUAAAAUAUUGUAGUCAAUUUAAUCAAAGUAAUGUACAGUACGGAGGAAAUUGGUAACAUAACAGCCUACGUUCUCAUUUCGCACAAUUUUGUAUACAUUCGAUCAUUGUCGGAUGUCUAUUUAUUAUGUUAAACUAAAAAAAAAAUGUAAUUUUUGUACAGGAUUUUCCAGAGGAUGACUCGGUGUUGAAAUAAAAUAAGCUAUGCGUGAGGUAUUGACGAAAUACUUUUUUAUGCAUGCAAAGUGGUCCGAAUCCACGACGUCCAAUUUUCUACUACAUAGAUCCUGCUGAAUUUGAGCAGUCAUCUAACUCAUAUUGACAUUCUAGGUAUUGGUUUAUUAGAAAAAACCUGUGGCUUCAGAACACAUUACAAAAAAGCUUAAAUAGUCAAGUUGCACGAUAUUGCUUGGUCAGUUUACGUCACCUCUGCGAGUGGGAACCAUGUCGUCAACGCUUUCUUGCAAAAUGACCAUUGUGGCGUUCACCAUGUGAUACUAGUACGUAUUUAUUUAUAUACCAAAAACAGAUAUACCAAUUACUGAUGGUAAUAAUCUAAUUUACACUAAGACACAUUUUUACAUGUUCGCUUGAUGUAUGAUAAUUUUUGUAUUAGAUAUAUCAAAAUCGUCCUGAACAUCAAUAUAACAUGAACACAUUGAGUAGAGAUGUAAUUGCAACUAGAUAGUUCAUCGGGUAGUGAUAGUGGUCCGAAAGAUGGGCAGUCGUAAAUACCAUGGACUGUUUUAUAUAAAAAUGCAAGAGAGUGUGAUUUUGUUCAAUUAUCAAAACUAACAGAAUCAUUUUUGAGUUGAUCAUUGUCUCCUUGUUAGUAAAUUCCUUGGAAUUUCGUAUCACAAAUCCCAAUGAUCUAUUAACAGCUAGAACAAUUUGCUGUAUAUGAGGAUUGAUGCUUAGAUCACACCUUGGUAUACUUUUUUUAUAUACUCCAACUACCACGAAGGCCUAAGGCCUAAACACCCAUGGGGUACCGUGGGACUGUAGGGGUAUACAGGGAAAAGGGAGAACGACACAUGGACUCUGGCGAGGGAACACGUGUGUAUGCACCAUGCACACAUUCUGGCCGCGCCUACGAGAUCCGCCGGGUGGUACCUUUGCGUUCGACAGUCAGAGACCGUCUACCACCUACGGACAAUCACAACAUCCAUAGCCAAGAGAAAAAUUUCUCUUGCGGCGGGAUUCGAACCCGCACAGCGCACGGCGACUGAUCAGGAGACUGAAGAGUCUCUCGCUGCGGUCGGUAUUCUCUACAAAGGACAAUAAUUAUCGACUUGAUAAUUGAAUAGGAACCAUAUUACCGUUCUGUCGAACCAAAUGUUGUUCUCGUUAAUAUUUUUUAAUUUGGACCAACAUCUGUAGCACUUGUCAUUGAAGGUGAUUACUUCACAAACAUUAGUUUUGAAAAAGUACGGACGAUUGACGCCUUCAGCCCUAAAUCCACACAAAACAACUUUUUGUGGUUGCAUUGCAACCCCAUUAGACUUUUUCUUGUGAAGUUUUCUGAAGUCGCAGGUCCAUGUCAAUAGGCCCCCAAAGUUAACAUAACAUCGACCAUCACUAGAAACUGGACGUCUCGAACAUGGGCAACUGUGUCGCAGCGGACAUUUGAACAGAAUUUUGUUAAUACCCGGCGUAUGUUUCACUCCGUUUCAAUAACGAUCCGUCCUUAUAGGAAAAACUGUUAGCAAUUUCUCGCGAAUUUGCUUUGCAAUAAUUUUUUAUAUAUAAUUUUAUGUAUUCCACAGUUUUAGGAGUGGUAUUUUUCAACCGAUUGUUGUAAAGCAAUAUGCAAACCUAUUUUGCACUCUUUAUAGCUCCACAUUUCUUUAUAUCAUGUCCCUGUUCUGCAUUAGAUUUCAUGCACAAAAUAUAAAAUGUUUUUCCUAUACCAUUCUGUCAUCAAAUAGAUCCGAUUAGCAAAACACGUUUUUAUACGACAGUGAAUGAUCGAGAUAUUCAGGAAUAUUUUGAAAUUCCUUGAAGUUUCGUAGCUCAUUUCUUGGUCAAUGCACAAAUUUUCAAAAAUAUGUGGUGCCUUACGAAAAUGUUUUCCCUUUUAUUUUUUGAAUGGAUCAAGUUAGCAAGCUGAGAUUUGAGAUGAUAAAAUUCACGCAUAAAUAAUUUAUUUUAGCGUAGGGUUCUAUUUGAAAAUUUCAAAAUCACGGCUGAUCGCCACCUUGGUGCAAUUUUCUGAAUGACAUGAGGAAUCAUGUGUUGCUUUUAUGCAGCUCCGUAUAUAUAGAAUAUAGUAUCGGUAUUUUUCAAAGUGGCGGAUUGGCAAGCUUUUAGAUUUGAGCGUUUUGUACAUCGCAUAUGAAUUUUCUUUUUUUGUAAGGGUCUAUAUCGGAAUAUGCUAUAAAAUUUGAAAUAAUCCCCCAUAUUUAUCUGUUUCCCAUAUAUGUUCGCUUAGUGCUGAUUUUAAGAUUUCUUCCUUUGUUACAUAUCCUUUAUGUUCAUUAAUUCUAUAUUUAACAGGUCUUCAAGUUUCACCGACGUAGCAUUUACUACAGUCACAGUCUAUUUUAUUUUUUUGUCUAUAUUUUCGUUAAUAGGUUUUAAAGACAGUUCUGAUAUUAAUUUUUUUGCAAACAUCUUCAAGUCUUGCGGAUAAACAUCUUUCGUACGGUAUACAUCAAGACCUGUUAAAUGUAGAAUUACAGAACCUGAAUGAUAUAUAACAAGAGGAGAAACCUCAAAGUCAGCACUAAGCGAACAAGUUGUGUUACAAUUAUGGGUGGCUUUUUUUUGUGAGGGUUUUUGGCGUCUUUGGGACGAUGGACGGGGGCAACGUACCUGGUACAUUUAAAAAAACAUACAUAACCUCAUGCUGGCUUGUCGUUUUGGAGGUACUGGACGAUUUGAAAUGUUUCGUUCAAAAAAUGACAAGAUUUCAACAGAUUUUUCUAAAUGGAAUAUUUCAUAUUUUAUUACAUAUUCGGAUAGACUCUCCUAAGAUAGAGAUCUGCACAACAUACUAUAUCAUUUUAGCUGACGUCGUAAUGUGUACGAGAGAGAAGCGCGAGAAGCGUCCAAUAUGUAUGUUAGACAGAGUGCGCCGAUGGCAUCCGUGGCCUCGGCACUCAGGCAACGCGAAGUGCUUCUAUCUCUUUCUAACACACCUAUUGCAUGCUUCUCAUUCUUCUUUCUCGUACACAUUGCGACGUCAGUGGUGUUUGGUUUUCAGUGUAUUUAAAGACUGUUCCAAGAUGGUGUCCAGCCUCCAUUUUUAAAUUUUGAAUUGUCACUCACUUCCACGCUUAGAUAUAGUAUUUAUGUUUCAAAUUCAUCAUCCCGAAUUUCAGUUAGCUAACUUGACUGAUUAAAAAAUAAGUAAGAUUGGACCUUUUUGGAAAAUCACUGUACACCUAUAAACGUGAUUCUUAUAAUUGUAGUGAUGUAGAUAUCACAUAACGUCUAAAAAACGAUAUUUUUUUUAUUAAAUUUUUGUAACAAGCUCUAGUUGUUGACAUAUAUUAUUUACAAAAUUGAGAUUCUCAAAAAGUUGAAUAUGUUUUGUAUUUCACAAAAUAUUGGAGAGAAGAACUACAUUUUUUCUAUGCAGAACAGUCGAUCAUUUAUCUUCUGUUUAAAAUGAUUUUUGUCUUCCAUAUACGUUAGUAUAAAGCCAUAUCUUAUAAAGUUAAUGUAUAUGUUGACAUUUUUUGUUCUCAAUCAAUAUGUUUAAGUAACUAAAUUGAGGCUAUUUUGAAUUGUACAAGCCUGUUUUUCACAUUUGGACUAUAGGGCUGUUUGUAAGCGUCACAAACAAAAAAUUUCCAAUACUGUACCUGACGUAAUAGUUACUUAAAAACUUUUUUUGUUACAAAUGUACAGAAUAUUUAUUUUUAUUAAUUAUUGUUUUUAUAUAUUAUAUAGUGUUAAAAAGUUGUGAAGUAUCUAAGUACUUCCACUGCCAUUUACUUGAACCAUUUUUAUAGUGUCUCAUAAAGGCACUUUUACUGAGAAUCAUGCUUCAUCCAACACACCUAAUAACUUGGAACUCUAAAGUUUAUUAAGACUAUAUAUAUAAACUCCAUGCAGUUCUAUUCCCUUUCAAAUUCAAUACUUAUAACCGAAUUUAGGCAGGAAUGUUGCUAAAAUUAAACAACAAAGAAUAAGGCUCUUGUGAUUCUGAUUAUUAGUUAUCAUUUUUACAUAGUCUUCCAAUUCGUUACUGUUACUGCAGGACUGUAUAAAAAUGGUAGUAUCGAGCACCAUAAGAAAUAAAGAGUGUAUCAUGCUAACUGUUGUAUUACCAGUAGCAAACCAAAACUGUAAUUCUCCCACGUGUUUUUUGACAUUGUGCGUGUGUUCUUUUGGCAUAGUUUUCAUAAAUCCAAUGGGCAAAGUACAGAGAAGCUCUGGAUCCAGAAUUCUGGUUUCAGUAGCUCAUUUUGCCAGUCAAUCAGCUGUGAUAUUACCCUUGAAUUAUGAGUGAACAUUCACACCCAGGCAACAUUUAUAUUUGUUGUUAUACUUUUACUAUAUUUCUGAAGUAAGUAUGGUUUCUUACCCCAAUGGCUGCAUGGGGCUCAAGCUUGGGCAACAUUUCACAUUUUGUGAAUUGCCAAACAUCAGGAUUUGAUACUCUAUGCACAGAAGACAUUAUAUGAAUAAAAACAAAGAGUUUUACGUUGUUAGGAAUGUUUCAAAUAUAGCGAUCGCGUUACGAGUAUAUCAAAUUUUUAUAAUAACACAUUUUUAUAGUGAAAUUGAUGUGCCAAAUUUUGAGAAAAUGGUAUUAAGGCAAAAAAAUAUUGAGGUAGUGAAGUAAGUUAGACUUUAUGGUUUAAGUGCAAUUACCCAAUGUACCAAUAAUGUAGAUACAAAAAAUGCCACUACUGUAUAAUAUUCUAGGUUCCGUAAGGUUUUUUAGUAAAGUAAAAUGUACUGUGAUUAUUUUUUGUACAUAAUUUUAAAGACUUGUUUUAUUGUAUGUUAUUAUUGAAAAUUAGUUCCUGAACUAUAUGUUAACCAUUAAUUUUAGGGUAUUUAAGGAACUCCGUGUAAUAUUUACAAAAUGGCAUUAGGUUCAUGCCUCAACGAUAGCAUGCUAUCAUGCUGUGGCACCAUACUAUACUUAAAAGUGUCAGCCAAAUUACUAGACGAUCGUUUCAUGUAAACAUUGAAUGUAGAGAUGCAAUAAUUCGAGUAUUAAAAAACUACUCUCUGUUUGAAAUACGUAUCAAUAUGGGCUCAAUGUUUCUUCGUACAAUGAAAAUAGGCUUCUGGGUCCUGAUUGAUACUAAAUGUCGAAUCUUGAAAUUUAAGGAAACUUAGUAUCCCCUGACGUUUUUGGAAAAAUUUCCAAUAAAACUUGCUUUUAUGUAGUGGUAUUCGACAGUACUAUGAAUUUAUCAGCUUUCUUGGUGGAUAUACCAAUAACCCAUUAGAAGAUUGUCUUCGAAUUCUGCAGCAACAAUUUAAUGCUGCCCUAAAUUUCACACGAACCAUAUAUUUCAAAAACGGCACAGUAGGUGUUCGUCAAAUUUGAUAGAGGUGACGUUUCAAUACCUCAAACUUCAUAUUAUCAAUUUUUUAAACAUUUUUAUUAGCGAUAGAUCAUUUCUAUGGUGGCAAUUCAUAUCUUGCGCUCUUACUAAUACAACACAUUGUCUGUAAUACGAGCGGCACUAGAAUAGAAAUCAGUCUAGCCAUGUAACAAAAGACGUACGAUUUUUUUGAUAUAAUUUUAUUUUUCACUUCACUCUCCCCUGCAUAAAUGCACUUGCACCAUUUCUCCUCCAGUGAACUUAUAAUCUUAUAAAAAAAAUGUUUACUCUUGACUCUUAAAAAAAGUUGUCAACUGCUGCUUCUAGGUCGUUGUCUGAGUCGAAACGGCGUCCUCAUUUUUUUUUUUUUAGAAAUCUAAACAGAUAAAUAUGCAGGAACUCUUCUUGAUUGGAAACAUCGGGUAUAUUCUGGUGGAUUGCUUUACGUAAAUUUUUCAACGUGUUCAAAUAGACGUCCGCAUUUAUGGUUAUCCAGAUUCAACGUUGCCAUCAAUUUUCCAGCAGAGGGUUGCGUCCGUGUCUUUUUGGGGGUGGAAACUCUUUCUGAACCCACUGCUUGGAUUCUGUUUUUCUCUCAAGAUCCCAAUGAUGCACCCAAGUCUUGUCGCCCCCUCACAAUUUAUGCCAAAAGGUCAGAAUCGUUAGUCAUAAUUUCCAAAUGACUAUGAAAUUUCCAACCUGCGCAGUUUUUGUUCUGGUAUGAACCAUCGUGGAACCUACCUGGCGGACACCCAUUCAAUCCCAUACUUUUUGAGUCACUUCAUCAUUUGUUGGUGUUAUGGGUCUUCCACAUCUGGGAUCAUCUUCUUCAAAUUCACGCCCCCAUCGAAACUGUUUCGACCAAAAUUUUGUUGUGUUAUAUAAUGGUACAUCAUCCCCAUAGACGAUAACCAUUCUCUCAAGAAUUGUUUUCUGUUGAUGGCCCCCUUUUGUCAGAAGUUUUAAGUCAAUGCGAUACUCUGAUUUUAAAUUGGUCAUUUUCCUCACAAUUCACUUUAUAAUUUUUAUACUGAUUAUCAAAAUUAACUCAAAUAUUGCGAGUAAGUUUAGAACCCAUGCCAUUAUUUGACAUGGUGCUUGAGCGUUUCAAAUGUUUUUCAUGGCUAGGCAAAUUUCUUUUCUAUAGUGUCCCUCGCAUUUAUAGGUUCUCCGAUUUCUCCAAAGACAAAAUUUCCAAGCGAAAAGUGUGUUACGUCAUUUAUUAUGCCCUUGAAAAAAUGAUGUAAUACUUAUACAUCUAGUGAUUUAUUGUUGCUUAGGUUUGAGCUGUCGUGGAUACCAAAUUGAAAAAAUUUUAAUGAAAUAAUUAUUUGUCAAAAAUGGAUUAACCUUGAUCCUUGUGAAGAACAUCAUAUUCGUAAAACACUUCAUGUGAUUUUAGUCUAUAUAAAAUUUAAUUCCAACAAUACAUAUCAAGUGUGAAUGCGUCAUGAAAUUGUGUUAAAAAUGCAAAACGUUACAUAAUUGUAUGGCAAAAACUUCCCUUUCAUAUCAUUGUCAUAUCUUCUUUGUUCCUAGUAGGUUUGAAAUGAAAAAAAAACAAACAUAUAUUUAGGAUGUGAUAUAGAAAAAUUUAGAGAAAAAUUGAUGAAAAAGUCUUGUUUAAAAAUUGUACAAAGUUACUAUUGGAGAAAAUAAGAAAACUGGAACGAUCCUGAAUUAUUUCAUCAGUCUACACUAUCUACGUUACAGAAAUGAUCAUCCCGUAUAGAACGUAAUUUGGCUAAAAACAGAAACUGAUUAAAACAUGUGAAAUUAUCGAUAGGUAUAUGUAUUAACUGUCUGUAUACUGGCCAUGGUAUAAUUUUACUAUUAUAUUUAAUUUAUAUAUUUUUGGUGGCCUAUAGCCUCAGCAACUCUUUUGAGAUUUUUUACCUAUUGGAGGAAAAAUCAUGCAAUAUUGUUUUUUUAAAUAACUUCGUGACGUCCUGAGCUACAGUUCAAAUUAAAAUUUGGAAUAAAAUUGUACAUAAAGGCACACAACUUGUCAGAAGUUUUGAACAUUUUUUCUACUGCCAAAACCUGCGAAUCAUCUUUGAAAUUUUUCGAAUAUUUGUUUAGAUAUUUUGUUCGAUAAAUUCUAUUAUUUGUAAUGCAUUGACAUAUUUUAUUUCUGUGAUAAAAUUGAGAAUACACAUAAAUGAUUAAUCAACACAAUUUGGAAGCCCGAUUUCACUUUUAUUUUUCAAACGCCUAACAGGUUCAUGAAGACUAAAACAAUUUAGGGGGUAAAUUAAAUUCUAUAACGAGUUUGACACCGGACUCCGAAUAUACAAAACUAUAUAAGGUAUAUAUUUGGAAAUACAAACUUUGUCAAUUUUAUGUCACUAAAUUUCCAUCAAUAAACAAAAAGGAAGUUAUAAGAAUGACCCAAGCAGUAUAUUAUAAAUUUUCUAAUAGAGAAUACGAGUAUUAAAAAACGAAGAAUAGAAAUUAACCAAAAUUUCAUCACACAAGUUCAGUUCUUCCUCCAAUAGAUCACUUUUUAUUCAAACACUCUCACUAGAACUGCUGAGAAUACUAUGUUGUUAGUGUACAUGUUUGUAAUCAAAUAAAAAUUUGAAAACUCUUUGAA